GAAAACUUGCUUACAUAAUAGAUUGUGUGAUUCCAUGGAGAUCACUCGCCAUUAUUUCUGCUUAUCCAUCUUCUUCUUCCACUCUCUAAUGCUUUGCUUAACCAUUAAUGCCCAUACCAACAUUACCACCGACAAACAUGCCCUUCUUUCUCUCAAAUCUAAAAUUUCUUUUGAUCCUCAUAGCAUUUUAGCUGACAAUUGGUCUGUUAACAGCAUAACUCCGUGUAAUUGGAUUGGAGUCACUUGCAACUCUCGUCACAAUAGAGUGUCUGCUUUGGAUCUUUCCAACAUGGGUCUUGUUGGAGAAUUAACUCCAAACUUAGGAAACCUUUCUUUCCUUAUUUCACUUAACUUGAGCCAAAACAAUUUUCAUAAUUCCUUCCCUCGAGAACUUUCUCAAUUGCGACGCCUCAAAGUUCUUCAGUGCAACAUGAAUAACUUUAGUGGGAUUAUUCCAUCGUGGUUUGGUCUCUUACCAAACCUUAGGUUUUUGUAUUUGGAGAAUAAUAGCAUUAGUGGUUUUCUUCCCACGUCCCUUUUUAAUCUUUCAAAACUUGAGGUCUUACAUCUAGGAGUUAAUUCUCUCGAAGGGAGUAUUCCUAGAGAAAUGGGCAAUCUUCCCCAACUAAAGUGGUUAAAUUUGAGUCUUAAUCAUCUUAGUGGAUCUUUUCCUUUGGGCAUCUUAAAUUUGUCUAAGUUAGAAAUUCUAUCUAUUUCAUCUAAUAGCUUAUUUGGUGAACUUCCCCUUGGUAUUGGGAAUCAUCUUCCUAAACUCCAAAAAUUUAAUAUGCCAUGGAAUAAAUUUAGUGGUGAAAUCCCAUCAAGUUUAUCUAAAUGUUCAUUGCUUCAAAUUAUAUCUCUACCUUGCAAUAAUUUUAGUGGGCGUAUACCAAGAGAAUUUGGAAACUUAACAAAGCUUGAGUUGUUAGAUCUUAGUAGCAAUCAGUUAACAGGUGCUAUUCCAAGGGAGAUAGGGGCUUUGUCAUCCUUGGGCGAACUUGCUUUAUAUAACAACAUACUUUAUGGAGCCAUACCAAAGGAAAUUGGCAACUUAACUGCACUUGAGGUUCUAUAUUCUGAAGACAACAACUUUGGAGGUACGUUCAGUGCUAUGUUAGUUGCUAAAUAAUAAAUAAUAGUAGUAGCACAACAAGUACAAUAAAUAGUUUUUAAUUUAUAAAAAAGUC